AUGUUCCGCGCCACUUCCCGUCUGCUCGCUUGCCGCAUCACCUUCUUCACCCGAACCCCAUGCGGCCUGUGCGACACGGCAAAAGCCGUCGUCCAGAAUGUCAGGGCGAAAAGACCCUUCGAGUACGAGGAGAUAAAUGUCAUGGACUCCGGCCACGAAAAGUGGAGAAGUCUGUACGAGUUUGACACUCCGGUGAUCCACAUCGACAAGGCCGAAGCUAAGGAGACGAGCACAUCUUCACUGAAGCUUAUGCAUCGUUUCAAGGAAGACGAAGUAACCAAGGUCAUGGACCAAGCAGAGCGAUCAUGA